CACACUGUCACGUUUCGACAGCUAGGUUUUAGUACGUGUAGAAAUGCUACGUUUCAUGGCAUUUUUUUGUCAUUUUUAACGGUCCGUACGUUUAACUAGGUUUACGCCACGUUUUGAUACGUUCUUCUACGUAUUGUUUCGUUUUGUUACGAUUUGCUAGGUUUUUUUAUAACUACAAGGGGUACGUUCUACUAGGUUUUAAUACGCUUCAGUACGUAUAAACUACGUUUUACUACGGUUUACUACGUUUCACUACGUAUUACUAGGGUUUAGUACGUUUCUAAAUCGGUUCAAGUACGCUUUUGCACGAUUUCCUACGAUUUAGCAAGUUUAUUGCACGCAGUAUCACGUGUCACUACGCUGUGAUCACUUAUCAUGAAACGGCAUCAUUAUUCAAUAAAAUUUAGAAAGGACAGAGAUGUAAAGAGGGAGCAGAGUAACUAAAACAAAUCUGGAGACAUUAAUAGAGUGUGUUUCAAACCAGACCGUUCUGAUGAGGACCAGAGGCAGAGGAAGGGGUCGUGGUGGGCGUGGCAGAGGCCGCAUAGUUAGUGUGGCGCCUGAGACUGAAACAACUAAUACACAAGAAACAAAUGAGCAAACACAAAAUAGUGAUACUGAACAGCCAGCUAAUACCAAUAAAGAGAAGCGCAAAAGAAGCAAGCUAUUAGAAAUACCACAAGAAAAGCAGGAUGAGGUGGCAGAUUGGUAUAGAGAAAACGAACCUCUAUACAACAAAGCUCAUUAUCAGUACAAAGAUACUGCUCUCAAAAAUACACGAUGGCAAGCAAAAGCUAAUGAGCUAGGGGUAGAAGAUUGGAAGACUCUCAGGACAUGGGUUGAGUCAAUGAUAUCUCAGCUCGGAAGACUGACACGAGAAGGCAAUAAAUCUGGUUCAGGCAGAAAAGAUGAUACUCAAAGAGACAAAUGGAUCAAAGAAAAAAUUGGCUUCUUGGUCCACAUAUUGCCAGAAUAGAAACCAGAGGAGGAAUAAACGUGUGCAAUACAGUUUUCUAUUACUUAAUAUUUCAGUUCACUUUUUUUUACCUUUUAUUGUUAUUUCCUUUGUUGAAUUCCCGUACCUUUUUUCUUUUUCUAAAUGAUACUUAAUGUUCU